CUGCCGCCGCCGCCGCCGCGCUCUGUGGGCAACUCCUACUACUGCUGGGCUGGGCUGGGCUGGGCUGGGCUGGGCGGGCCGCCGCGGUGCUCGCCUACACAGAUCAGCUCCGGAGAAGGGAAAGCCACUCUCCUCUGACCGAGCCUCAGGAGCCAAGCCAGAUCUGCCAGUGAGCCUCAGGCUUUGGAAACUGAAGAGGAGUCUUGUUGAGGAAUUCGGUUCCUAAGCUGACAUGACAGAGAUUUGGGCCUACUUUUUCUUCUAACUGUCUGAACAUCCCAUCCAGCACUCCGAUGGCUAGCAACAACACCGCCAGCAUAGCACAAGCUAGGAAGCUGGUAGAACAGCUCAAGAUGGAAGCCAACAUCGACAGGAUAAAGGUCUCCAAGGCAGCUGCAGACUUGAUGGCCUACUGUGAGGCUCAUGCCAAGGAAGAUCCCCUGCUGACACCUGUCCCGGCCUCAGAAAAUCCAUUUCGGGAGAAGAAGUUCUUCUGCGCCAUCCUUUAAAGUCUCCAGGAGGAGGCUGAAGAGCCUCAGGGCUCCCGGGACAUUGCCGUAGAGUUUCUAGCAAAGUGGGCACCUUUCUUGUCCACAACAUUUAAGGAGAGGGAGGAGAACCAUCCUGGAAACUCCAGGCUGUGCAUGUUUAAUGAACUGGUCCCCUUGAUGAGAAUGAAAGCGGAUCCUGACUUAAAAGAGAUCUGAUUCUGCAGACCUGCCUGGAGGAGGGAAUGUAUAAAAAUAAAAUUGGUGUCACUUCUUUUCUGCUACCCUCCCCCAAGCCCUUACGUUUCUGCUUCAUAUUUAAAAUAUAUAUAUAAAUGUUAAAACAGACAGCUGUACUAAGCUGUGUAUGACCUUCUCGGAAUGAAUAUUGUCAUUAGAAUUCCCUUUGAUAAACCGAGUUGUCCAGUGUAGCCGCAGUUCGGUUUAAUGGCAUCGAUGUUUAGUCUUUGUGCCUUUUUCUGUUUUCCUUCUCUCCUCCACACACCCCUCCCCUUAGAGUAGUAUGAAGAUAAGGCUGGACUUCUCUGUAAGACUGAACUCCAAGAAUGAGCACCCAAAAUGUCUAGGGAGAUGUUCCUUGUGGUAUAUUCUCAUGGUAAUAACAACAACAAAAAGCCGGUUGUCUGUGUUCUCUUAUCACUAUUCCUAAUAUUUGUACAUGAUAGCUUUGAUUCUGCAAGUAAACCAUGUGUUGUGACUGGUGCUUUCUUAUCUUUGUGACAAUUUUUGAGUAAUAUUGCAUGAAAACAUCCCUAUGUUACAUCCAUUCAGAAGUUUUGUUGUUUUACUAUAAAGUUAGGAAAAGAAAUGAGAGAGAGAGAGAAAGAGAAGAUGCUGAGGAGGAGAAACCUCAGUCUUCUGAAAAUUGACAUUACUUCAGAGCCUUAGCCAUGCCUAAAAUACCUCCUAGUGAACAGUGGAACAAGCGCCUCUGUAAUAUAUUUUUCAGAAUCCAAAGCGUUUUGAUUUAUCCAGGAUCCAGGGCAGCACAGAUACCCCAAGCAGCACCGUGAGGGAUUCACUAUGAGUUGGAAGGUGCUUUUACUAGAGGGUGAGCGUUUCCUCUUCUCCUGAAUUAUAAAAAUUCCAGACUGAAAGAAUGCUUUUUGCAUGCUUAACAAGAAAUCCAUGGCCCUCCUUCAUUAAAGUAUCAGAAAUGAGCCAAGAGCUCCACAGAGGGUGAUCCUUUCUCGAAACACCAGCCUUUCACCCACCAGGGAGAAGGACCCUGAAGCCCACUCUUUGUGCAGCAGGCAUGGUCCCCAGAGCUGGUUCCACCAGGAAAGGGUCUGGCUCUUUUUUCCACUGUGCUGGUUUUCAAUUUUCACUAAGUUUUCAAAGAAACCUUUGUUUUUGGUUCUCUACCUUGUUUGUUAAAGUCUCUAAGUCUUUAUUUACAACUUCCUUGCAGCUAGAGCUCCCUCUUUGCAAGAUAAGAUAUUGGGAGUGAUUUUUCAUUGCUGCUGUAGUUCCAUCAGUAAUGACAGACCCUGGAAGCCUCUGUCACUUUUUUUUUUUUUUUUCUGUGUCAUUCCCAGCCAGAGAGGGCCUCUCUUACAUCGUGUAUGCUUCCAAGUCCCAAAAGAUCAUUAAUUCCAAAAUAGUUAUUCUCCUCUCUUUCCUCACCAUUCUCCUAUUUAAAAAAAAAAAAAAAUUACUAAGAGGGAGAAAAAAGAAGAUAAAAAUACCACACCAAGGAUUGAAACAGACUUGGUAAACAUUUUCGCUAGCUCCUUUCUGGGCAUGCUAGUAAAAGAAUUAAAAUGUCCAAUUAAAGCUUAUGCCUGGGAUGGGAAGAAGAGGAUACUGAAAUAUUCACAAAAUGAAUGAACCUAUUUCUGUAACUAGAAACUUCUGAUCAAAUCUUGGGAUUUUAUUAUAGUCAGUGGGAUUCCAAUGAAGAUUGAAAAGUGAAAAAAAAAUCUGGCAGAGUGUUUAUUGAACUGCAGUAUUAUACAAUGAGAUUAGGGGUACUGUGAAAUCAGCUAAAACUGAAUCACACUUUUAAGGCAAGCUAAAAUGUGAAUUGAAGAUAUAGUUAUAUGAAAACAACUGAGCAAAGCACUCUUUGGGGGUGUUGGAAGCAUCAUUAGAAGGCCCAGAUCAUUUCCACAAUCCAUACCAGUUCUUUCUCUAAGAAGGACUCUUGUUAUUUCCAUGUAAAUUUAGAUCUUUGGAGCAAUUAAAAUUUCUAGGAAGCACCUUAGUAUAGAUCUGGCAAUGAAAAGUUAAGGAGGUUCCAAACUAUAUGUGACUGUGCCUAUAAAAGGAGAGAGAAGGCAGAAAAUACAUAGCGUCUGAAAUUAAGUUUAAGGAAAAUGUUUCGGCUUUUUUCAUAAUUUCAUGUCUUUAUGUAGUUAUAAUACCAGAACCUUUAUAUGAGUUUUGGUUUAUUGGUAUUUGUAUUUAUUAAGGGGAAAUUAGUUUUUUGAUUACAUAGGGCCUCUAAAGAGCUUAAUUCCUUUAGAAAUUCAACAAUCAUUUUCACCAGCAUAAUUUUAUCUUAAGGAUAAUAGAAAAAUUCAGCUUAAUUAUUUAAGGCCCUAAUUUCUAUCUACCUGUAUAAUAAAGAAAUCUUCCAUGGAAUUAGUUCAUAAAUACUAAUAGUAGACUUCAUGUUUAGAAUGCAAGCUCUCUAAAAGAAAAAAAAAACAAUUUGCAUCAUUCUCAAUACUAACUCCAGUUUAAAUUUUGAUAUUUUAUUUGAAAUGAAGUACUAUUUAAUUUAAAUCAAAGAUUUAAAAUAAAUGCUUUGAUCUGAGUCUGAUUCUGCUAGUAAUAUUGGAAAGAGAUUGCCUAACAAGAAAAAAAUCCAACAAUAAAAAAAUUUCUCCAUACACUCAUAUUCAUGUAAGGAAUUCUGAGAAAAUCAAGUAUGCUCUCUUAGAGGGGUUUUAUUUAUUUUUUCUUAAUAUUUGCUUCUAGCUGCUCCUGGAAAUGGUGGAUUGUUACAUAUACAUUACUGUUUCAUAGCCCAAGGAUUGUUCACAUUUUUUCCUACAUAAGAUCUAUAGAAUGUGUCAUUCAAAGAGAGGGAAAUACAGAAGUGUUAAAACAGGAAAACCUGAAUGUGAUGUGUACAUUUUCAUCCCACAUUGACAAUGUAUUUGUUUUAAUAAAUGGAAUUUUCAGAUUCA